AUUCUUAAAACUUUAACAUUAUGAGAUCAUGCUCCUACCCAUUGCCUCUUGGUUAAGAAAACUGAGAACAUUAUCAGGAGCACGUUAUCUAAAGAGGGUAAAAAAAAUUCUAAGUAAUUGAAGAAACUUAUAAAAAACCGUAGUAAUUUUGAAACAACGAGAUGGAAUCGAACGUGCAAAAUGAUGAAAGUGCAAACGAAAUGUUUAAAAUUGCUGAUUUUGGGCAGAACUUAAGAAUAAACGUAUCAAGUUCUAAACAAAAAUUGGCGAACGAUCAAGCCAAAGGAAAACCUAACAGCAAACUGCCGAGAAUUGUUCGCCAACCAGUGCAGUCCAAAUUUUAUAAAAGUAUUGAACAUAUGAAGAGCUUCCACGACCAGACCGGAGAUUCAUCACCCGGAUCAAGCAGAAUGGGCGGUUUUCCAAUGAAAAUGAAAAAAGAUGACUCAACAGAAAAAUCAAAACCGAGUCUUAUACCGCGUCGGAAAUGCAAUAGAGAUGAAAAUUGCGAAGUGCCGAAAAAAUCUGAAACUCCUAACAACCAGUUCAUUCCUGAAUGUAGAAAUGUUCAGAGAGUUCAAAUGUUGAUUAAUCAAGAAUUCUGCCCAGAGGAUCGCGUACCUCCACCGGCGUCGGUACAAUCAACGAGACCUAUUCCAACUCUGGGACAGAUUUAUGGCCGAAUCAAUAUGAUAGAUAGUGACCGACUGAACGACUGGUUCAUGGAAUUUACUCCAACGAAUACAACAGCAUCAAUGCCUGUACCUGAAAGUACACCUAUUGAGGACGAUGGAGGUUCAAGCACCGUUGCAUCACCAGCAAAUUAUCAUCAACAAGAGUUUGGGAAGACCACCACGAUACUGGAUAGAAAGAACAUCUUAAUUAAUGAAAUUCAAGCUACCAAUGAAAAUGUCAGUGUGUGGCUUGCUUCUGAUGUCGAGUUUCCAACGGAUACUGAAUCAGGAUACAAAACAAUGAGCAGCAAAAAUGUGGAAAAAUCUGCAGUACUGACAGUGUCUGAAUGCAAGACGGAGAAGUCAAACAAAACGUUCACUUUGGGCGUUUUGCAAGACAAAAGCAAUAGUUUAUGUGCAACGACGAAGCCAGAAUCGGAGUGCAGUAAAGGACCAAGUUUGAUAUUAAAAGAACAACAAACAGUUGUACUCUGUAUGUCCCCCGAAACUGGAAACCAGAAAUCCGCGGAAAAUGCUUGUAGUAUUCCCAAAACGAACAUUACUAUACAAAUAUCUCAAGUACCAGUUCCAGUCAUUCCAGAGUCAACCAAAAGCCCACAGCCGAAAGAACAGCAAACCCUUUGUCCUGCAAACGUGAGCCACGCAGUGACGCCAACUCAUCGAAUACCAGUACCAUCUUACACUGAAUGCUUGUCAGAAAUACUGCAGAAGACCACCAACUUUGAAAUGAUGGAUGCUAUAGGAGUCGACAGUGAAAAGACACCAACCAGUGCUGUCACCACGGAUACUAGUGAUAACCUAUUGUCAAUUGGAGAGACUAUAGAGGGAGAAAGAGAUACGACAGAUGACACUGAAGCGCAAACGAGCCCUGGGUGCAGCCUGCUGCAAAAUGAGUCACAUUCGAAUGAUAUGAUGAACGAGAAGUCUCCUGACAGAGGCACUGAAUGGUCUUACAAAUACAAGAGCGAUACGGGUGAAACCGAUUAUAAAGAACACUCGAAACAUGACAGCUGGACCAAUAAGAAUGUAUUUUAUAAGAGACAGAGUGAUUAUAAAGCUAAACGUACUUUCGAAGACACGUGCCCAGAGUGCCAUCGCUACAAUAAAUUUCCUAGCAGUCGGUAUAAAAUGCUAAGUCCCUUCGCGUCCUGGCGACGUCGCAUAUCAUUUCGUCGGAUUUGCCGGCGGCGGUGGAACCGUGUGUGGAAGAAGACUGCCGAACGAUGGGCCGCCUGGUCCAUGAGAUCAGUCCGAUUAAAAAAAUUCCGCGUCAUGCAUUUAAAACGUAGAACAGUAUGGGAAGACGCUGAUGUACAGACCUAUACACCGGUUUAUAAUGAAACAGGUACAGACAGUGUUGCAAAAGAGCUGAAGUCUGAAGCAAUUGGUACUGUGUUCGAUAUGGGAUCCUGGAUCAACUUGAACAAUCUUAAUGAGUCUAGUACGCAUACCUAUUCAAAUCAUAGACCAAAAAUCAAACAUUCAAAUCUAGGGCCGUCCAUGUACCCAUUCAUGUAUAGUUCACAACAAAUAUCUCCAUCUGCAAGAACGAUAAAUAUAGAAACACCUAAAGUACCGCGCCUUGUUUGUUACCGAGAUAAUAACAACAGUGCCAAUAGUAAAAUGAACAAAUUCUCUUGGAGUACUAACAAAAUUGAAUUCUGCAAAAGUUGUCAGUAUGAAGAUAACUUGUUGCCAUUAAAAGUGGACCGAUCGACAAGUUUCACCCAUAUGUACGUAUUGGGCUUGUCCGAUCAAGACACAGAUACGACAGACUUACCUUACUUCAUGUACGAUAAAGUAACGAGUACGUUUAUAAGGACCAACCCAUACCGAAUGUCUGUAGAAUUCUCGAAGGAUGCGUUCACACAGAAGAUUAUCAUGUGUCAUAAUGCAGAAACGGACGUAUCAUUCCUACCAAUGUUCAAUCGCAGUUCAACGGGAACGAUCACUUCUGCCUGUGACAUAACGUAUUACAAGCCCUAUACUGGAUCAGAAAUAACACAACUUACUGAAACAAAGACUCAAACAUCAGUGUAUCCUAAUAUGCGAAAAUUAUCUCGAGCCGUUAGUGCCAGACAACACAAUGAGCUUUCAGAAAUAGACACUCAAAUGUCACCAGGCAUGUCUGUUAACAAAGUAACAACAGGCAUAUCAGCAGUAAAACUAAAACUAUCUGAAAAAACAACGAGCUUUCCAACUAAAGAAAUAAUGAUAUUACAUGAGGAGACCGAAUCUAUGGAAGAACAGAAGCCUGAGUUAUCAUCACAGACUGAGGAAAAUAGACCAGAACCUGGCACAGAAACCGAAACUCAAAUGACUCCCGAUGCCUCCAUAGCCGAAGUGUCAACAGGCUACACACCUGGUCCAUCCACAAUUGCAGUACCUGCUAUAGUAAACGAUUCCAUAAAACAGAGUUAUGCAGUACAGACAGCAUCUACUAAUCCAACAACCCUCGCUUUGACAGCCACGAAAAUAAUGUCCAUUUCAUCAAGACAAUUACUGCCGAUAUCAAAUAGAUCAAGUUCAGUAACAACUGGGGACAAGCCAGCAGUAGCCUGCAAUGUAUCGUAUAGACAAAACUGUACGUGCACGCCCUUGAACGUUCAAACAUGCGGCACAGAUGUUAAAUUCACAGAUUUAUAUUGUACCAGAGAAACAGCGGCUGGAGCAGUGGAUUCUUAUUAUGAAACACAAUUAUUACUGAACAAUCUGAUUAAAAAGGCUCUCAUGGGAAAAACGUCACAUCAAAUACAGGCUGAAGGGUUGGAAGCGUUGGUGACUAAGAACCAACCACUGAUUUAUGUAACGACAAGCACCAAUACUCAUGUGGGUCUAGAGACGAAAUCCAUAGGUCCCACCAUGUCGGAGAUCACCGAACACGUAGGCGUUUGCAAGACAGAAAUCGGCAUACAAUAUGUAGAAGAUAAGAAGGAAAAAGAGGCAAUUCCAGAAGAAACUGAGAAAUCAGAAGAUGCACCAAGUAUAAACAGUGAACGUCAUGAUCGAGUAGUACCAGUGUGCUUACUGAACCAAAAGACUAGCGAUCUAACAACACAAACUGAAUUUGAUGAACCGGGUCCACACAAAUCUGCCUCAAUCAUGACGUCAUACUGUGGCCAAGCUCAGUCCAUACAAGUACCAGCAGUAUCAGUCUUCAAAGUGGAAGCUGUAUCCAAUAUUGAGAGACCUUCGUUCAAGCAAGCGAACUCACAUUUCAAGCCCAGUAUUGAUAACAUUCCGUCCACAGAAAACAUUACGCCCACCGAAAACUUUACGCCUAGAGAAAACUUUACGCCCAUAGAAAACUUUACGCCCACCGAAAACUUUACGCCUAGAGAAAACUUUACGCCCACCGAAAACUUUACGCCUAGAGAAAACUUUACGCCUAGAGAAAACUUUACGCCCACAGAAAACAUUACGCCCAGAGAAAACUUUACGCCCAUUGAAAACUUUACGCCCACCGAAAACUUUACGCCCAGAGAAAACUUUACGCCCACAGAAAACUUUACGCCCUCAGAAAAACCUCGAUCCAUCUCCUCACAGUUGAGCUCCGAUAAUCAAACUAACACUGACACAACCAUAACGAAUUUGACCUCGCGACAGUCUACUCAGAAGUCUGUAGAAUUCAGUCAAACAAUCAAAACAAGUUUCAAUACUUUGGACAAACCGAUAACUUCAAAAACUCAACGUGAAAACGAUAUCAAGAAGCAAAUAACCUCUUUAUCCCGUUUGAUGGCCAAGAAGAGACACAGUUCCACAAUCAGUACUCCAGUACUGGCACAGUUCUCGACACCAUUUUGCAGCGACAUGACCGCCGAGAAUUGGAUGAAUGAGUGCCAUUCUGUCGGAAAACCGUACAAAGAAAUAAUCAUUUCUGAUGAAGAAGAGAUACAGAGAGACAAAAUUGCAAUCGGGCCCCCAACAAUAACACUGUCAAAGGACAGUCUUGAAGACGUACUGCCUAUAAGCAGAGUGAAAAAUAAAAGCUUUAUUAAAAGUGAUAAUGAUAAUGAUAUCAUUGUGAACCCCGCAAUGGUUGAUGAAGUUACAUCAGAUGAAAAUGUCCAUGUAACCAAAGAUGUGAAAGAGUCUAUACUUCAAGCUUGUCCAGAUAUUUGCGAAACAGGAACGGAGUCGCUAUUGGCGAGACAGAAAUCUGCAUGCGUGCUGACGACUCAAUGUGUCCUGCCAUCGCCUCCUCCGUGUUCUGGGUGCUUACUCCCAGUGAACGGUUCCAAAAAUGAGUGUGUGUUUGUGUACGGACAGCCCCACUGCGCGAUACACAGAAAAAGCGCCGACGCCGAAGUUCAGAUCGUAUCGACAGGCGACAGUGAUCAUUCCGUUGGUAUGCUGACAUCUCUGUGCGCUAUGCGAGCGAUGCGCAGUCAAGCGAAAUCAAGCGUACGCAUUGCAGAAGUUUUAUCACCUAAAGUUUAUAAGGCCCUGUAUGAGACCACAAAGUUGGUGGUUAGCGACGCAAAGAAGCCCAACAGCGGAGAUAGUGAUUUAAUCAGAAUUGAUGCAGAAGUCGAAGCGAGCAAGAUCCCCGACGUAAGAUCAGCAGGCGUGGUUACUUCAGACGGCCGCACCUGCAGUCUCUCGGGGAAGAAGAGUUCGGGCAGUGAUAGAGGCACUCGUGCUAAUAACUUCUGCACAUUAUACCGCGUCACUAACACCGAAAACCCCGAAAAAGCUCUCACUCAGACGAAUAUACUCAACAUGGCAGAAGAUGCUAAAGAAGGUCUAGAUGAAUACUUAAGAAGUCACCUGGUCACAUCAUGUCGUUACUACAGCGGCUUGCUUACGAAACAAUUUGGUCGUGUCAAAAAUAACUUGACGAGACACCUAGCGCAACCUCUGGAGGAACCAGUAACCCCUUGCUUACCAGCGUACAAAGUAGAAGCCUGCACUAUGAAACCGAGCGGUCGAGCCGCCUUGGCCAGCCAGACGAUCGCACGCCCUUACUACAAGCCCACAAAGCACAUGUCCUGCUGCAUACUAUCCCCAGCAAUAAGCCUAACAGAUAUCUGUAAACACGACAAAGCUAACUUAAAGUCAGUUUAUUACAUGCUAUCCGCAAUAGAAGGCAGAUUGAGAAGGCUCAAGCUAAGCACCCAUAAUGUGUACUAGUUGUCAAUAGAUGUCGCUGUUGUAAAUUUUGAGGUUGCAAACGCUCAAGUUGUUUUUAAUUAGUACUUGAAGUUGUCAAUAGAUGUCGUUGUUUUGAGUUUUUAAAUCUAUUUAAGUCGUAGUAUUUUGAAUUGAUUUCUGUAAACAAUUUCAUAGCAAGCACAAUUCAUAGCAACUUUUUUUUAAUAUUUGACAAUGUAUUGUAAUAAAUACCUAGCUUACAAAUAAGUUAAAUAAAAAUCUUAGCAAUUUUA